CUGAAGCCGCCGUGUGCCCUCUGCGAGGUUGGAAAGACAGGAGGGUCACAUCAGGUGGGGAGCAGUGAAAGCCUAACGUUCGGUGAGCCGGGUCGGUGUGACGUCAUGUCGGGAUAUUCUCCGGACGAGAAGCUCCGUUUGGAGCAACUGCGGGCUCUUAGGAGGCGCUGGCUGAAGGACCAGGAACUCAGUGCCCGGGAGCCCGUCCUGCCACAUACCAAGAAGGGACCUAUAGAGCGAUUCUGGGGCAAUUUCCUGCAACAGAGGAGCCUGUGGAGGAUCUACACAUUCAAAACCUAUAAUGCCGGUGUUUUCGCCUUGACAAAACUGCUGAUCCCAGCCUGGGUUAUUCAUUACUACGUCAAGUACCAUAUUAUGGAAAAGCCCUAUGGAAUUGUGAAUUUGAAACCACGAGUUUUCCCAGGUGAUGUCAUUCUAGAGACUGGAGAAGUUAUUCCUCCGCUGGAGGAGACGCACAAUGAACAUCAUUGAAGGACUGCAAUGCUUGUUCGGUUUCCACCUUUUCAUUGCUAAAUGUGUUGCAGAAAUUUGUAUUUAACAAUAAAAUGGAAGCUUCAAAGUAUUUAUCCAUACAA